UCCUCAGCGAAUUCCCAACUGACACGAAGCAAGAUGGCGGUUGAGGUUGCUCCUCUUCGCUCGCUUCAAGACUUUAUUACUGAUGCUCAGUUCACUGCUCCAACUUUACAUGACAGGGAUAGAAUGGAGAACAGAAUGAUUAACAACCUCAUUUAUUAUCAGACCAACUACUUUCUUAGUGCAAUCGUUAUUUUCAUUCUAGUUGGGACACUGUAUCCAAAGGAUUUAAUCAUUGGUGCUGUCACGCUGGUCUGUACCUUUGUCUUGUUUGGCAUUGCGCAAAGUCGGGAGCAGAGGAUUGCAAAGCUGAAGUCACAGUACCCCUCCCUGGUACCUAUCGCUGUCAUUGCAGUAGCAGUGCUCGUUAUCUAUGCAUUAGGGUCCAUUCUUGUAUUCAUCUGGGGGGUCACUGUACCGCUUGCAGUCAUUCUUCUGCAUGCAGCAACUCGGAAGCGAAACAUUAAAAACAAGUUUGCCAAUGUGGUAGAGGUAUUUAAGGAAGAUGUCACUCCAAUGACGAUCAUUCUGUCAAAGAUAUGCACCAUUGAGCAAGAACAACAAGCAAGUGGCAUGCAUCAGAAUUGAAAAUGCUGGAAAUGAAAGUAGUGGGGCCAAAACCCUCUGACAGCUGUCAUAGAAAUAAAUGAAAUGGGAUGUUGGAUAAUUUGAUUUUCAACAGUCUUGCAGAAAAUAGCAGGAGCUUCCAUUGCCAUUAGUCCUGAGGGGGGGAACCCCCAUAUGAAAAAGUUGGGGAUGCACGCCAGAAAAUUUGAAUUAAAUCGCUAAAGGAGACCAAUCUGGGCUUUACUCAAGCUUUAUUUGACCCCUAAAAGAUACCACUGAAAACAGAAUAGGUUUCCACUGUUCAGGAAAGAAGCCCUCACUACUAGACUGGACUCGAAAUUGAGCCUAAAAGCAGAAAUAAGAGCAUUAUUUUUUGAGGAUUAUUUCUUCGAGCGCACCCUAUAAGAUACUUUGACAGGUAAAAAUAGCGAGCGAGCGAGACAACGAGCAUCCCCAACCUUUUCAUAUGGGAGUCCC